CUGAAGCUUGACAAGGAUCGUCGCGACCUCGUAGAGAGAAAAGCCGCUGGACGCGCAAAAGCCCUCGGAGUGCUUAAGGGAAAGCACACUGAGGAGAGCGUUGCAUAA